AUGGCAAUAUUCUACCGCACGCCUUACCGCCACUUGCAGACUCGCGAGCGUGGCCCACUUUCCAAAAUUCCGCCGGGGUCUGACGUCUUCGAAGCCUUUUCUAAGGCCAGAGCAGACAAAGACCUUACAGAUGAGGAGGCGUUUCUUGAGUUGCUAGCAACUUAUGAUAUUCCGCUGUCCACUCUCGCAAAGAUCUCAACCCAGAAAUUGGAAGUCUCCUUUUCCAAUGUGACAUUCCAGCAAAUUGCGCCAUACGUGUGGUUAGAUCCUAGUAGGGCAGGUCUAGAUAUAUUACGACUCGAUAUCUAUCGAUCUCGGAUUCCUACUGACAUGUUUCGUGAUAUUUAUUGUUGUCAAUAA